AUAAUGCAAUGAGCGCAACAUAUAAUUUAGUCACCACUUCCUAUAAUGCAAUAAGCACAGCAAACAAUGUAGUGAGCACAUCGCAUAAUGAAUUGAACGCACUUAAGGCAGCUUUGGCGUUCCAUAGAUUUACAUUUUAAAUGACAGGAUUUGGUUUUCAUUAAAAGAUGAGUAAUAUUGACAACAAGAAGAAAAUACAAAAGGUUUGGUGUGACGGUUGUUAUGAUUUAGUACAUUUUGGUCAUGCAAACCAAAUUCGACAGGCAAAAUCUAUGGGAGAUUAUUUAAUAGUUGGUGUACACUCUGAUGAAGAAGUUAGAAAGCACAAAGGGCCACCUGUUUUUAAUGAAGAAGAAAGAUACAAAAUGGUUAGAGCAAUUAAAUGGGUCGAUGAGGUUGUUCCUGAUGCACCUUAUAUUACAGCAUUAGAGACAUUGGAUAAGUAUGGAUGUAGCUUUUGUGUCCAUGGUGAUGAUAUCACUUGCACUGCAGAUGGACAAGAUACUUACCAUAUUGUAAAAGCAGCUGGGCGAUAUAAAGAAUGUAAACGUACUGAGGGUGUUUCAACUACAAAUCUUGUAGGGCGCAUGUUGUUGCUAACAAAAACUCACUUUGAUCAUGGAAUUCCAAUCAACAGUAUGAAUCCUCAAGAUCUUGAAAAAAUAUCUUCGGACUCUAGUGGAAAAAGUCCUUAUACUGGUGUUUCUCAUUUUUUACCAUCUUCUCAAAAGAUUGUUCAAUUUUCAGAUGGAAAGGAUCCAAUGCCAGGAGAUCGUAUUGUGUAUGCUGCAGGAGCUUUUGACUUGUUUCAUGUAGGGUUGCUAGACUUUCUAGAAAAAGUUAAAGAAUUAGGUGAUUAUGUUAUUGUUGGUUUGCAUACUGAUUCUGAAGUAAAUCGGUAUAAAGGAAGCAACUAUCCUAUUAUGAAUUUGCAUGAGCGGGUGCUUAGUGUGCUUGCAUGUCGUUAUGUUAAUCAAGUUAUUAUUGGAGCUCCUUAUAAAGUCACGGAAGAGCUAAUUACACAGUUUAAAGUUGAUGUGGUAGUACAUGGGUCAACAUUAAUUAUGAAUGAUGCUGAUGGAAGUGAUCCAUACGCCUACCCAAAACAAAUAGGUAUAUUUCAAACUGUUGAUAGUGGAAAUCCAUUGACUACAUCAGAUAUUGUUCAAAGGAUAAUUGCACAUAAGCUUGAGUAUGAACUAAGAAAUCAAAACAAAGAAAAAAAAGAACUCGCCGUAUUAGAAAAAAUUCAAAAGCAAAAAGAAAUGUUGAAUGGCAAUGAAGUUAUUUAAAUUAAAUUAUUAUUUUUAUUUUAUCUGAAUAGAAAAAUAUGUCCUACUUUAUAGUAGGACAAAACUUUUAGACUUUUGUGUUAUUAUGUUUGUAGUUGCGCGUGUGUGUAUGUGCGUACGCGUAUAUGUGUGUUUGUGUAUAAAUUUUAAAUUUUUUGUGUCUAUACAAAUGGGUAAAGUUUUAAUCAAAAAUUUGUUUCGUUUUAUUAAUUAAAUAUUUGCUGUAAUAAUUAAAUUUGUAUUUACUUUGCUCUAUUAAUUAGUGCAAUUAUUUUAUAGUAAAAAAAAUAAUAAAAAACUA